GGUUCGCAGCUUCGGUUUUUUCCUCAUUCUCUGUUUGGAAAGCGUCCUUGUUAGCUGCUCCGAAUUGAGUUGAAGUGAAGCGUUCUAUUUAAAAUAACUCAAGUUUUUUCUGUACUAGUGAAAAACCAACAUUCUUCAAAAUGCGUGAAUGUAUUUCCGUACACGUUGGCCAGGCUGGUGUCCAGAUCGGUAAUGCCUGUUGGGAAUUGUACUGUCUGGAGCAUGGAAUCCAACCGGACGGUCAGAUGCCUUCGGACAAAACCAUUGGCGGUGGAGACGAUUCGUUCAACACCUUCUUCAGCGAGACUGGUGCAGGAAAGCAUGUUCCCCGUGCCGUCUUUGUUGAUCUGGAACCGACCGUCGUAGAUGAAGUACGUACCGGAACUUAUCGUCAGUUGUUCCAUCCAGAACAGUUGAUUACUGGCAAGGAGGAUGCCGCUAACAAUUACGCUCGUGGUCACUACACCAUUGGAAAGGAAAUCGUCGAUAUCGUCUUGGAUCGCAUCCGCAAGUUGGCUGAUCAGUGCACUGGUCUGCAAGGUUUCCUAAUCUUCCACUCGUUCGGUGGAGGUACCGGUUCGGGUUUUACUUCUCUGCUGAUGGAGCGUCUAUCCGUCGACUACGGAAAGAAAUCCAAGCUUGAAUUCGCCAUCUAUCCAGCCCCACAGGUGUCAACCGCCGUGGUCGAGCCUUACAAUUCCAUUUUGACUACUCAUACCACCUUGGAACAUUCCGACUGUGCAUUUAUGGUUGACAAUGAAGCCAUCUACGACAUCUGCCGACGCAACUUGGACAUUGAACGCCCUACAUACACCAACCUGAACCGAUUGAUCGGACAGAUCGUAUCUUCGAUCACUGCUUCGCUGCGUUUCGAUGGUGCCCUGAACGUCGAUCUGACUGAAUUCCAGACCAAUCUGGUACCGUACCCGCGUAUCCAUUUCCCGCUGGUAACCUACGCUCCAGUCAUUUCAGCAGAGAAGGCCUACCAUGAACAGUUGUCUGUAGCUGAAAUCACCAACGCAUGCUUCGAACCGGCCAACCAGAUGGUCAAGUGUGACCCACGUCACGGCAAGUACAUGGCCUGUUGUAUGUUGUACCGUGGUGAUGUUGUCCCCAAGGAUGUCAACGCCGCCAUUGCUACCAUCAAGACCAAGCGUACGAUUCAGUUCGUCGAUUGGUGUCCGACCGGUUUCAAGGUUGGCAUCAACUACCAACCACCAACAGUCGUUCCCGGAGGCGAUUUGGCCAAGGUUCAGCGUGCCGUCUGCAUGUUGUCCAACACGACCGCCAUUGCCGAAGCUUGGGCUCGUCUGGAUCAUAAGUUCGAUCUGAUGUACGCCAAGCGCGCCUUCGUCCAUUGGUACGUCGGUGAGGGUAUGGAGGAAGGUGAAUUCUCCGAAGCCCGUGAAGAUUUGGCUGCUCUCGAGAAGGACUACGAGGAAGUCGGUAUGGACUCCGGUGAAGGCGAGGGAGAAGGUGCUGAGGAAUACUAAAGAAGAAAAAAAUACUCGCACAAGAUGCCUCACAGACGAAUCGCAUGAAUGCUCAUGUGAUUCAGAGAAAACGAAAUAGUUGAAUAAAUUAUUCAUCAAUUAAA